AUGUCGGCACUGGUGCGAAUCACCACGGGCAUCAUGCCCCAGCACAGCCGCGUCGGGAUGACGAGAGCAAUGGCACAGUUCGGGGAGGUCAUCCACUGCCACAAGCCGCCCUAUUCCGGAAUCCCCGGUGAGGACUUUGUUAAUGUGCGCUUCGCGACACAAGAAGCAGCUGACCGUGCCUACGCUGCCCUCAAAGCCAGCCAGGUUUUCGUUGAUGGCUUCCCGGUCGGGGUUGGUCCGGCUGGUGGGCCCAAGGGCAAUGAUGGCCCAAUGGCGAUCUCCAACUCCGGCCCGCCCAGGCGGCCUCGCAGUCGUAGCCCGCCGCGCCUCUACGGCCGGAACCGUGCCCGGUCCCCCGUGCGCCGCAGCCCGGAACGUCGUCGACCGAGCCCCCCACGGCGGAAGAGGAGCCCUUCAGAUGCCCCACGUGCAAACUUCCCAUCCCGGAACGACCCGAAAAGCCCGAGCCCUCGGCGCCUGGUGAGGGAAAUGGGCCGCGGCGGUGGUGGGCCUCGGUCUCGGAGCCGCUCCCGCGCACGGGACCGGCGUCGUGAGGAGCGCGCCAGCGAGUUUUCCGGAGGACCCGGCAUGAUGAUGCUGAAGAAUAAGAAGGAGCGAACACCGUCUCCGGACCCUCCUGGACCGAUGAAAAAUCCAAACCCAGUGAAGAAUCCCUUCUUCAGGGCGGACAGGAGCCCUUCUCCCGUGGCUGCAUACUGA